GCGCUGACGUUCGAGGUCCGGCCAGGCGAGCCGCUCCUCGUCACGGGCCCGAACGGGUGCGGGAAGACCGCGCUCGUGCGCGUGCUCGCGGGCACCUGGCCCUGCGGGAGCAGCGCGUCGAUCGCCGUACCGCGGGGCGGUGUCGUGGCGGUUCCGCAGAGCCCGUACCUGACCGUGGGAACGCUCGGGGACCAGGUCUGCUACCCUCACCGGUUCGUCCCGCGCCGGGACCGCGAGCGGGCGCUCGCGGCCCUGUCGGCCGUCGGCCUGGCGCACCUGCUCCACCGCGCGGGGGAGGCGGCCUGGGACCACCGCUGCGCCUGGGAGGAGGUGCUCUCCGGCGGGGAGCAGCAGCGCCUCGCCCUGUGCCGCGUGCUGGUGCACCGGCCGGCGCUCGCGCUCCUGGACGAGUGCACCUCCAUGGUGGCCGCGGACGCCGAGGAGAGCAGCUGUACAGCGUCGUGAGCUCGGAGUUCGGCGUCACGCCCGUCACCUUCUCCCAGCGCCUCUUCCUGCCGCGGCUGCACCGCCGCGAGCUCCGGCUCGGCGGCCCGGGCGCCGAGGCGUCCGAGGAGGGGCCCCGGAGCGGCUGGCGGCUGGAGGCCAUCGAGGGCCGCUCGCAGGGCGCGGCGCCGCGUGGAUGA